UGCUAAGUGAAAUAGGCCAGACUCAGAAAGACUGCAUGAUCUCACUUAUAUGUGGAAUCUAAAAUAGUCAAACUGCUCUUUGAUCUCGGCGGCAGAAGCGAGAUGACGAAGGGAACGUCAUCAUUUGGAAAGCAUCGGAAUAAGACACACAUGUUGUGCUGCCGCCGUGACUCUACGGCCUACCACCUUCAGAAGUCGACCUGUGGCAAAUGUGGCUACCCUGCCAAGCGGAAGAGAAAGUAUAACUGGAGUGCUAAAGCUAAAAGACGAAGUACCACCCGGACUGGUCAAAUGAGGCACCUAAAAAUUGUAUACCGCAGAUUCAGGCAUGGGUUCCGUGAAGGAAAAACACCUAAGUCCAAGAGGGCAGCUGUUGCAGCAACCAGUUCAUCUUAA